AUGCCAUCAGGGUCGCUCAGUAUAGCCGGUAUUCCGGAAUUUCGUGGAUCCUCUGCGGCCGCGCGUUAUAGGAAAUCUUCGGUGACAGAUCCGAUUCGGAAACCCACAUUGGCUCUUACCGGUGAUGCUAAAAGUGAUCUGCUUCUCGAUCCAAUCACAGUUAGCCAGCUUGUGAAUCUUGGAAAUCAUAUUGACAGCCCUGUGGAAAAUGUUCGACGAUGUGUGCUGUUGCAUCCUGGAGAUGAUCCGUUGAUCUUCACAGAGAUGAUGUCUCUAGAAUUUGAGGAAUCCGGCUACAUGUGGAGACAGAGAGCACGGUGGAUCAAGUACGAACAGGCUGUGGAAGGAGACUUCACUCGAUUCAGUAAACCACACAUUGCCUUACUUCAAGUGCAGGCGUUAAUGCAAGCGAAAAACUGCCUUAAAAAAGGACUGGUGCUAUUGGAUGUGGAAUCGAGUGGAUUCGAGAGUAUCGCGCAUCACGUCGUGAAAGAAUGGAUUUCUCGUGGAUCAAUGAGCGUUGCAUCGAGCGACGACGUUCUCCAUGCUCUAAUGGCUCCUAAGCAACAUCUCGGAGCCGUUCCUGGCGAGAAUUAUUUUGAGAAACAGCAGAAGCAUAUGCGCCUCGUCCGAGACGAAAGUGGUGGCGCCAGAUACACGGAAACUGAGAGUGCGCCCGAAGACGACGACGAGGAGAUGAGACACCAUAGCGAACCACUACACGAUGUUAUCAAGGUUUGUGUGGAUGUUCCUAGAUCGUCAUCGCCUACUGCUCUCCAAACAUUUGAAAUGGAGAGAGAUAUGCUAUACAGUGAUUAG